AUGGAAAUAAAUUAUACUAUAUUGAUUAUUGCUUUAGUCAUUUAAAUUGUUUUAACCUUUUACUAGAUAAGUUAUUUAUGUAAACUUAACAGGAAAAAAAAUCAUUAUCCUUUAAAGCAAUUAUCUGCCAAAAUUACAACGUUUUUGGGAGUAUUCCUAAUAUUAAGUUAAAUUACAUCCAUUUUGUUAAAUACAAUGGUAUGCUGUGGUUCAGAAGGACCCAUAAAUUGGGGUUCAUAUUUAUUAACUUUUUUCUAUACUUUUUCUAGAGGGUGUUGUUACUCAUUUGCCUUAAUCAAAACAGCCAGAAUCGUGUAUGCUUUCAAUAAAACCCUUUUAAAUUCUCAUUCAUUGUUGGUAAAAUAUUUUUCAAAUGAAGAAUGGAUGAUAUUUACUGGAUUUAUCUAUUCAAUUAUUGGAUUUACUCUAUUAUCCUUUCUAACUACUAAAUACAAUUUAGAAAAUAAGGAUUACACUCCAUGUUUAUAGUUGUAAUAUUAUCACGAUAAUAAUGAGUUUAUUAUGAUAAAUAGUAUUUUGGAAGAAGUAUUAUACCUUACUUUAAUGCAUUUAAUAAUCAAACAUCAUUUAGAUGAUAAACUUUAUAAAUUGACUUUAAGACCCUUAUUUAUUUACAUGGGAUGGUUUAUAUGUGUAUCUCUGAUACUUAAGAUUUUUAAUAAUAAUGACGACGUUGAAAUUAUAAUGGGUAUAACUUAUUUAUUUAGAGCCUAUGUUAUGUUUUAUUUUUAUAUUAUAAAACCCUUACGAUUCAUUGAAAAAUAUCCUACAUUGUAUAUAAAUCCAGAUAGAAUAGAAAAUUUUGAAGAUAUAAGUAAAGAAAAAUUUUAAGGUCAUUAUAAGGAUUCAUUUAUUUUAAGUUAAUUUGAAGAAUACUUAAAUUAUCUCGAUUAAAAUUAAGAUAUCAAUUAUACUUUUGAAGGUACAGAGUUUUAAAAAAUAUAAUUAUAUCAAAUCUACUUAGAAUUAAGAAAAAAAAUAAGUUUGGCUACUCCAAAUGAUUUAGUCAUAGAUUAUUUAAACAAAUAGUUUUAAAAUAAUGAAAUUUUGAGAAAUUUGUCUUUUUAACCUGAAAUUAUGUUAGAAAAGUUAGAAAAGCAUCUAAAGGAUAUCUAUUUGCUUAAAUUUAAAUAUACUAAGGCUUUUUAUACGAUAAAAGAAGUUUAUAUCAAUUAGGAGAUAACAAUUAAAAAUUUUGAAAAGUUUGGUAUCGAUUUAAUUGAGUAUGAUCCUUUAUUAUGA